GCCGCAAGUUAAACCGCCCGGAAGAAAUAAGACAACUCGGAAUGCACUUCAUAGACCUAACUACACUUUAUAUUAGAAGUUAGAAUAUGUUAUAUUUUGUUCCUUACUCAAUCUGUAUUUAUAUAUCCUCUAUAUUUCCCAAUUUAUGCGAAAGAAUUACCUAAGAACAUUCAAUUAUAAUUAUUCUCUAUUUUAUGCAGUCGGUAAUCAAGUCGAUGAUCCUCACUUAAACAACUAAUCGCAGCAGAUCUCAUCUUACUGAAUCGUACUUCGCCGUGAAGCCUUCCCUCCGUGAACUACACAUGCCUCCUCAAAGUUAUCAAAACAUUAUUUUGAAGUCCUGUUUAUAUCUUUGCGAAUCAAUCGUGAGGCCAGCGCAAACAUUCACAUUCUCAUAUCUUGCAACACAGAGACGCCAUUUAUAUCACAGUGGCUUCGGGAAAUACUUGUUUACACCUUUACUACGACAGAAUUUAUCACAUAAUUACCAAAUAGUAAAUAUGGCCACGCGGAGGUCUGCGCGAUUGAGCGCCAUGUCGACAAGCUCAGACUCAAAAUUAGCUCCUACAUCUGCCGUGGCACCUAAAAGCCGUAAGAGAAAAGCGACGUCAGAUCCACCGCAGGAGAAUGGCUCGAACGAAACCGUAGAUGAAAGCACAAUAGCAACGGCACCCACAACUCCCAAGAGGCGUCGUGUUCAAAAGAAAUCCGUUGAUCCUCCACCCGCAACGCCUACUCCGAGUAACGCGCUGCUCAUGAGCAACCCGGCCAAGACGUUCGAAACACCAAAACCGAAAGCAGCAGCUGUGAGGCGACUAGCAGAUCCAAACGCCACUAAUGCGACGCUUCUCUCGCCGGAGACAUCUCGAGUCGUGACUAGGCACAUAUCCCCAUCUAAGGCGCCGGCCAGUCAGGUAACGACGACCAAUCUCCUCGAAGAGGCAUGCAAGCACCUCAUCAGCGUCGACGAGCGAAUGAAGCCUCUAAUUGAGAAGCAUCACUGCCGAAUUUUCUCAGAAGAGGGGUUGAAUGAGAAGAUCGAUCCUUUCGAAUCUCUAUGCAGUGGCAUUAUUUCGCAACAAGUUUCAGGGGCAGCGGCCAAGGCCAUCAAGCAACGGUUUAUUGACUUGUUUGACAACGGCGGUAGAUUCCCGCAUCCGUCCCAGGUUGCGGCCUGUACCAUUGAGCGGCUGCGUACAGCGGGUCUUUCACAACGGAAGGCCGAGUACGUGCAAGGACUGGCAGAGAAGUUCGUCAACGGCGAUCUGAGCGCUCAAAUCCUACUAGAUGCCCCGUACGACGUUGUGUUAGAGAAACUAACUGCGGUGAGAGGGCUCGGCCGUUGGUCCGUCGAGAUGUUCGCUUGUUUCGGACUGAAGAGGCUAGAUGUCUUCUCUUUGGGCGACCUAGGAGUACAGAGAGGCAUGGCUGCAUUUGUCGGACGCGAUGUGGCCAAAUUGAAAAAUAAGGGCGGGAAAUGGAAGUAUAUGUCAGAAAAGGAGAUGCAAGAAAUAUCUGAAAAGUUCGCUCCAUAUAGGAGUGUAUUUAUGUGGUAUAUGUGGAGAGUCGAGGAGACGGAUGUGAGUACAUUGGAAUAAGAUGGUCUACCUAGGCAAGCAUUAGUUGGAAUUCGGCUUGUCUUCUAGGUCAAGUAUACGUUGAUAUUGCAUAUUCGCCAAUAAUAGACAAGUUCUCAACCUUUCAUGGGCUAUUCCUUGCACUUGCCAACGAUCAACAAAGGGGGCUCUUAGGGGCUGAUUUACUAGAUCAAUAAGGGGUAUAAGGAGCUUGAUAUCCUCCUACAC